GGGUCUUGUUAAAGGCAGCAAGGGGAUGUUAGGGUUUGGAAGAAACUCCAACCUUGCAUUGCCAAUUCAAAUCUCAUCAAUUUACAAUGUUAUUCCCAAGUUUGCGAUUUGUUUACCGUCUUCGGAGACAUCCGUUGGAAAUGUUCAUUGGUGGAACACCCUAUGGUCUCAGCUCUGUUCCUAACCGCGUUGCUUUUGCUAUCCCUGCUGAUCCUGAUUCUAACGAGUACUUCAUUAAUGUCAACUCCAUCAAAAUCGAUGGCCAAGUUGUCAAAGUUUCCGGCAAGGGUUUCAAUGGCACCACCAAAUUCAGUACCUUGAGCAAUUUCAGUGUGUUGCAUGGUUCCAUAUACAAGCCAUUUGUUAAAGAUUUCGUGACACAUGCAGAAGGAAUGAAGAUGAAGAGAGUUGAAACAGUGAAGCCUUUUGGAGCGUGCUUUGAUGGAAAAAGCAUUGGAAGAAAGAAUGGGGUACCGGAUGUGCCAGGUGUCAGUCUGGUAUUGGACGAGAAUCAAGGAGUGAAUUAUGAGAUAAAUGGACACAAGUCAAUGGUUGAAGUGAAUAAGGAUGUGAUGUGUUUGGCGUUUGUGGAUGGUGGGAAAGAAACUAAGACUGGAAUAGUGAUUGGAGGGUAUCAAAUGGAGGAUAGGAUAUUGGAGUUUGAUCUCAGCACUUCAAUACUCAGAUUCAGUAACUCUCUCCUGCUUCAUAACAAUGCAAGUUGUUCAAAUCCAUCAUCUUUAAAUUUUUAAGGUGUAAACUCGAUUUCACUUGAAGUUGAUACCUGAGAGCCGCUAGAUGAUUUGAUUAAAUUGACUAAAUUUUUAGAAGUCGACUUUACCAGUUUUCACCAAUUUUUAAUUAAUUAACAUUGCAACAUCUUAAUUAAUUAUUUCCACCUUGUUUUUUGUCCAGUAGAAUAAAGUCUCAAA